AUGGCGCCGAGCCUCGUCAUCCACUCGGUGGCCGCGUUUGCAAAGGCGCUGCUGCGCUUCGGGUGCCGCGAUGUCCAGGUCAAUGGCCUCGACAACUUCCUCAAGGUGCUCCAGGAUCAAAAGAGGCGCGACGAGGGGCGGGGGAUAUUGACCUAUUGCAACCACAUCUCGGUCAUGGAUGAACCGACCAUCUGGGGCGCGUUGCCGUGGUGGACGUUCCGCUCGCCCUCGACGACGAGGUGGACGCUGGGCGCCAGCGACAUCAUGUUUACCAAUGACGCGCUGCGGCGCUUCUUCACCGCGGGCCAGGUCAUCGAGACGCACCGCGGCGGGGGCAUCUUUCAGCCCUCGAUCGACACGGCCAUUUCGAAGCUGGAUGCGGGCCAGUGGAUCCACCUCUUCCCGGAGGGCUACGUCAACGUGGGCACGACGACCAAGCUGCGCCGCUUCAAGUGGGGGUUGAGCCGCAUGAUCCUCGAGGCGCAGCAGACGCCCGUCGUCGUGCCCAUCUGGAUCACUGGCUUCGACAGGCUGAUGCCAGAGCCGAGGUCAUGGCCCAAGUUCCUACCGCGGCUAGGUGCCUCUGUGUCGAUCACGUUUGGCGAGCCGGUGCAGGAUCGCCUCUCUGCGCUGCUGAGCGGCGACGGCGGUGGCGGGUCAGAGGGGAUAGACGAUACGCUGCGGUGUCACGACAGCGAGCGGGCCGUCGCAAUGAUCGCGUCGUCGUCCUACCCGACGCUCUCGCCCACAUCACGGGGCUACGCCUCGCUGCGCACCGAAACGGUCGAGGCGGCGCAAAGACGGAGCGACAUGGCCGCGAUGCUGCGCUACGAAAUGGCCCAACUCGGCCGCCGCGUCCGCAUCCUCAACGGCCAGGAUCCCGAUACAGAGGUGCCCCUCGUCCACACCGCCACCCUCAUCCCGCACACCAAGACCGGCAUCGUCUCCGACCCCGCCGCCGAUGCCCGCGGCCCAACAACGAGCAAAGAGGGACUCGGCUCCACCGUCGAGCGCAAAGUCAAGAGCGGCCUCGGCAAACACGUCCCCCGCCAACAGGCCGAACAGGGCUGGAAGGACAGCGCCACCUGA